GAUGAGAGAUGCUGAUCUAAUAGCACUUUUUGAUGAUUUUUAUGAUUUGGGCGGAGAAGUACAACAACAAGAAGAAGUAAAAGAAAAGUGUGUUGUAAUAGCUACUGGUAGUGGAGAUUCUGCUACAUCAGCAGAAGAACAGCCACGAGCUUCUGAUGAAGAUAGAAGGCCUAAACCUAGAAGAGUGCGUACUUACCAUGGAGCGACUGAUAAACGAAAAAAAGGAAAUUCUGAUGGCUCAUCCUGUUCCUCAUCUGGCGGAGCAAGUGCCAUCCGUCGACAUACAACAUUUCCAUCUAGUGGACGCCACGAUGCAAGUUCAGAUGAUGAGGAUGACGAAGAAGAAGAAGAUGAAUGUCUACGUCAACUAUUACCGCUUCGUAUGGGUGCUGGAGCGCGUCGUGUAGCAACCGAUUUAAUUCGAGAAAAUUUGCGUUUGCGUACACAAUUAAAUCGUUUAAAGGCUAAAACAGCAUUGCAGGCAAGAAAAAAAUAUUCGGCAAUGCAAAAAGUAAUUAAUAAUGAUGAAAUAAUUAUUAAGCAAGAAGAGGAAGAAAAUAAACAAUUAAAAGACGAAGAAUUAGCUUUAAAUGAAACAAAAGUUUUGAAAAUAAUGGCCCGCGAUCUAGCUCGUCGUGAGGCAGAAAUUGAACGAAAAGAGGCACAACUUAAAGCUCGUGAAGAGGAAACAUUACCAACUUUACCAUCAACUCAACAAAAACCCUCCUCCUCCUAUCAACACUCACCAUCUUCCACUUCUUUACAAUCUCCUUCAAACACAAAAUAUUCAAAUAUAGAAAAGAAAACAUCAUUUAAAGGUAAUAAACAACAAAAAAAUCAUCAACAACAAUUAUUACAACUUGAAAAGCAAAAAGAGUUUGAUCACCACCAAUCAGUUACUACAACUACUUCUCCAUCAACUUCGACAAAAUCUACAACUACAAUGUGUGUACAUAUUUUUUUAUUUCAAAAAUCAUAGAAAUGAUUAAACAAUUUUUUGACUUUUUUAUUAUCCAACUACCGUAUUUACUGAAAUAAUUACCCGGGGUAAUUAUUGUUUCAAUCUCUCGCUGUAGGGGGUAAUUAAUAGGGACUGGGUAAUUAUUUGAGCAAAUACGGUAGGCUUUUUUCGAGACUAUUUUUUGAGCCAAUUUUUGCGUUAUCUGAACACACGUCUUUAGGAUCGAGUUGGGCCAUUUGUAAACCCUGAUACAGUAAAAUAUCAUUAAUACAUCUCUUUAAUUGCAAGUCGCUCUCGUCGUUUCAACAGGGGUCCCAAGGGCGACGUACUAACGAGAUUCCACUAUAAUAAUAGUAGAGUUAAAAUUGAAUAAUGCUGGAUUUGAUUUCCGGAUAGUAAAUUUUUUUUAACUUGACUAGAUUUUCCGGAUCUAAAUCCGGAUUAUUUAGACCCGGAUCCGUUUCAGGAUUUCAAAAAAAAAAUUUCGGCUGCAAUUUAUUCGACUACUACCCCCUGUUUCUAUAUACCGAAUAUGCUCUAUUAAUUACCCUCUAUCAACUAAUUACCCCCGCUCUAUUACUUACUCACUCCAGCGAGAGAUUGAACCCAGGCUAAUUAUUAGAGCAUAUACGGUACCUAUUUUAUUAAGCCAACUUUUAUUUCUAAUUUGAACCGGAGCAGUCCGAAUUUCUUGGAUUUUACUUUCCCCUGCUCUCUCUCAUAUCCUCUCUUAGGCUUAACCUUUAGGAUCGAGCUG